AUGCGGAUCAACUGCUUCCGUGCCAGCUCCGGCAAGAGCGACCCCGAUGAUGAGCCUGCUCCAAGAGCGCCAACCAAGAAGUAUGUUCGGCGCAGCGCCAGCGGCCAGUCAGCCGUAUCACGUUGUAGCACUGCUUCGAAUGCCAGCAUUUCGAGGCUCCCACCCUGCAAAGGAAUGGGCGACCCCAAGAUCGAAUCACUCAUGAUGGCCUUACCGGAAGAGCCCAGACCCAGCAAGUGUAUGCGGUUGAGUCGGCCGGGCGUCUAUUCGGACAUAGUGCAAUCAAUGAAGGAGAACAAGGGCUGCCGCGACUGGAAGAACUUUCCGGUCUUCUACGACCUUGAGGUUGACAUGUCCAAGUCGGCAGAAGAUUACGCGCGAGCUGUGCGAGGCAGGACUGCCGAGUACGAAAGGACUGGACGCCGACCAUCCCACAUUGGCACCAGCAAGGAUUCAAUCUUCCUCGGAGGCGUCGACAUGAUCGGGUGA